CAUCAUUUGGGACUACACUUGAUAACUUGCUGAGGAAGGACAAAGGCAAGAAGGAACGUACAGAGUUUAAGGUUGGGCAUCGACAUGGCACUUCUCCUGAGCCUACUCUGCUUGUGCCUGGUUGGGCAAGUUCUCGGCCAAGACAUGCCCUAUGAGGAAUAUAUGGCCCAGAUCCAAGCCUGCCCUAAAGAGUGUCGCUGCCCCAAUAACUUCCCUCGUGCUGUCUACUGUGACAAUAAAGGCCUAAAGAGCAUCCCGAACAUCCCUCCACACACAUGGUAUCUCUACCUGCAGAACAAUCUAAUCGAAGUCCUGUCAGCAGAUGCCCUGCGUAACGCCACCCAGCUGCGCUGGUUGAACCUAAACCACAACAAAAUCAAUAGUAAGGGAGUAGAAGAAGGUGGCCUUAGUGCAAUGUCUCACCUGGUGCACCUCUACAUGGAUGAGAAUCUGUUGUCCUCUGUGCCAUCUCCCCUGCCAGCCAACCUGGAGCAUCUACGUCUCUCUCGCAAUCGCAUCUCCAGGAUCCCUUCUCGUGUCUUCAUUGGUCUGGAUAAGCUUAUCCUCUUGGACCUCCAAGGAAACAAGCUGAUGGAUGAUGAUGUGACUGAGGUGAGCCUGAAGGGUCUAAAAAACUUGGUACAGAUCAAUCUAGCCAAGAACCAGUUGAAUAGCAUGCCUCUUGGCCUACCACCCACCACUACCCAGCUUUUCCUUGAUGGAAACAACAUUGAGAAGAUCCCAGCCGGCUACUUCAAAGAUUUGCCAAAAGUGGCAUUUCUGAGGCUCAACCACAACAAGCUUGGCAGCAGUGGAGUUCCCCAAAAUGUGUUCAAUGUCUCCAGCAUUUUGGACUUGCAGCUGUCUCACAACCAGCUGACCGAGGUUCCCUUCAUUUCAUCAGGCCUUGAACAACUUCACCUUGACCACAACAAUAUCAAAAGUGUAAGUGGCGCCAACGUCUGUCCUGUCGCCUUGGACGCUGUGGACGACUCCAUUAACGAAAGUGUUCCUCGCCUGCGCUAUCUCAGACUGGAUGGCAAUACGAUUAAGCCACCAAUUCCCAGGGAUGUCAUUCUGUGCUUCCGUCUCCUGAGGUCCAUUGUCAUCUAAAGGAAAACAAAUCAUCGGUGUGUUGUAGGCGAAUUCUAAUUUCCCACAACUGAUGAUUAUCUGUGAAUCUGAACUGUUGACAUGAGUAAUAUUUGCAUGUUUUUGAAGCGGAAAUAUUUGACAUUAGUCGGCAUCAACUUGUUUCAUUGCUGUGGUUUAGGGAAAAGUUCCUUUCAGUUCCAGAAAACAUUGAUUUUGUUUCAGAGAAAUUUGAAUAACAUCUCAAAGAAAGUUUUAAAAAAAUGACAAGGAACUGGCAGGUUAGAAGCUGUAUUGAUGCUGCAAUCUAUUGACCACUUGUUGUGCCUUAUUUUGGUCUAAACAUUUGCAUUCAGAAUAAAAAUGUGACUAUAAUUGAGCAUGACAGUGAUUUUUGGGGAUCGGAGAGCAAAAUGUGUUAAUGACAUGUUGAGGACUCAUUGUGAUUCUGCGUCUUUCAGCAGGAGGCAAAGCUUAUGAAUAUGUAGGCUAAAUGUCCUUUUUCCUUUUAUUUCUAUUAUUUCAGGAAACACUUUGCUUUAUACUUGUAGACUUGAAGCCAAAUUAAUGGUCUUGUGUCUUAGGUUUGCUGUCUCAAUUACUUUAGAAAAAUAUUCUACUCUAUAAAUAAGUAUUAUUUAUAAAUAAUAAAUGACCUACUGUAAAUAUGCAUAUUUACAGUAGGUCAUUUAUUUGUAUUUAAUAUUGGAGAAAAAAAAGAAUACAAAGGAUAUCCAUAGACAUCCUUAAUGUUUUGUAUACAAAAUAAAUUUGAUGACUGUUUUAAAAGAAAAU